AAACUUAAGCCAGUAUUACUGAAAAGGAAAACGCCUGUCGAAGAUAUGUCUCUCAGCUUUUGUAUUUUUGGAGUCUUUCUCAACGCUUGCAUCAUUUUAGUCGAAUCAGGCGCCGAACACCAGGCAUGCCCAGUUGGGUUUCCGGGUACUGUUAAGCAUGCUCUUUCUCGUAAAAUCAAAACGACUGAUUUUCUCUGCGAGAAGGAUUCCGAUUGCCCUAACGGUAAAUGCUGUGGGAUUUUAGGAGGAAACAUGUGCAUUUAUUUGCAUGAUAAAAAGACAAAUGAGCCCCGGUCAAUGGACCUACGAUCCAAGUUGUCAAAAAUCUUAAACUUGUCGGAGUGGGAGAAUUCUCAGACAAAUAAAAGUGAGGACUGGCAUAAGGGGCGUAUGGAGAAGGCGUUGCGAUCCGGGACAAGUUAUAAAUGUUUUGAUAAAAUUGGCAGAAAAAUAAGGAGCUGUUCCAAUGGUUUCCGGUGGAGACAUAUACUUUUCCUAUUCUGUUCUGGUGGAUUGUGUGUCGUCGUUGGUUUAGCCGGGCUGAUGAUUUAUCAGAAGAAAAAAGGCAAUACUAAAUCAAACCCCAACAAAAAAUUGAGGAAACAAAAUAUGGCAACUGCCGUCCACGACCAAAAUCCUGUAUACGUAAUGAGGGUCGGAAAAGGCAUGAAAGUAUUCCUUAAUAUGGAAGACCUCGCGGGAAAACAAGCAAAUCCACGCAACCGCCCAAGUGACGUUACAAAUGUGCAACUGCAUGAUCAAGAAAGGGAGAGAACUGCAUCAAUUUAGUAUAGAUAUUGUGUUGUUUUAACCAUUUUUUGUUACAUAAUGUUGUAUCAUGAGAGACUGAGAGUGAGAGAGAGAGAGUCAAUGAGUUAUUUAUUACAUAUUAACUAAUUAGUAAUCAAUAUAUGGUUCAUCAUAAUUUUAUUUUAAUAUAUGUCCUUUCAAUGACUGCAAUCUCGGAUUUUAAAAGGCAUGUAUAAACAAUUAGGAUAGUUUUUGGGAGUUGAUUUUAAUCAACUCUCCUAUGCAGUUACUCUGGCAAACCGAAAGUGAAACAGUGUUUGGACCUAAGCACAAAUCAUCACCGCUGACAAGACGUAGAUCUUGAAAAUAAUAGAUAAAUUCGGUGUACUGUAUGUUGUACCAUUGUUUUUCAAAAGAAACGUAUUUAUAAAUACCUUGAAAAUAGUCAGAUUUUAUAUAGUACGAACAAUUUAAUUGUUUUUUGUAGUUGCAUGUAUUCCUACGCCAGAGUUCAAAACCAGACGCUCGGCUGUCUCCGUAAAUCACCGACAAGCAGAGAGUCUCUCUUGGUAGUCGGAGAUUAACGGAGACAGCCGAGCGUCUGGUUGAACAAGACUAGAGCUCAAUAUUGCUUGGAUCCAGACGUGUACAAUUUUUAGAAACAUUUCAUUAAUUACUGAUACAGUUUAAUGGAAUUAAUUUUAUCUUUAAUAUCUUUAAAUAUUACACAACAUGAUUCAUACGGGAUUUUCUGAAAAUUCUUGUCGGAAAAGUUCGAGAAUUCAUAUUAUAAAAAUGUAAAAAAAAAUUAAAUGUAAAACGUAAUUCAAAUACAGAUUAGAAACUAAUUGCUAGGCAAAAUAACAUAUCGUUGAUUUUAAAAUUGAUAAUUAUCAAUAAGAUCAACUCCCGACAGUACUUCAGUGCUUUGAUUGUAGUUUGUACUUUGUAGUCAUAUACAGUUGUAUAUUCUUACCCCAUAGUUAAAUAAGACUGGUUCGCUGUCAUUGAUUACUAACGCGCUAUUUCUACAGCAGUUGUGCCUAGAAUCAAGGGUAGACUAUCCAACCUAAAGCAGUACUGGCGUGGACAACACUUAUUAUUUGUUUGUUACAAACUUUCUUGGAUUCAAUUUUUAUGAGUUUUCCGUCCUUAGCUAGGAAUUCUUGUGGGAAAAGCACGAGAAUUCUAAUAGAAAAAAUUGCGUAAUUAUUUAAAUACAAGCUGAGAAUCUAUUUCCAUGCAAAAUAACAUAAAUAAUAAUCAGUAAUCAACUUUCGUCAGCACUUCAGUACUUUGAUUGAUAAAAUAAUAUUUGAAGAAUACCGUUUUUAGAAUUGGAAUAUUUCAAACUUGUCUACAUGUGAAAAUAUUUAUUUACUUUGCACCUAAUGAUAAGAAAAAAACCCCUAUUUACAAUGUGUUUAUCAGUUUAACGAUAUUACAUGGUACGUUAGUAGCGUUAUAAACAGAUAUGGUGUCGAUGUCAUAUUUAUUAAUUUUAUCAAAAUUAAAUUUUACACUGUGAAAGUUUUUUACAAUUGAAUUUAGACAAUCAACUAAAAAUAUGUGCAAGUGUUUAAUUUUAUGAUUAACUUUUAUCACCUUCACAUUAAAAUUAAUUCUUAAGUGUGAAAUGUCAAUUUUGUACGUCAGAAUCGGCACGAAAACCUUAACGAUUUUUAUAACAUGCCUUAAACACCCCUGCGAAUGUUAUUGUCAUUUAAAUUUUAGACCACGUGGUUUUAUUUGACACUUUCUGUUUCGCAGUAAAAAUCGUGCCUCGUGUUUAUAGUCUAUUUUAGAGAAUCUAGGUAUACUUGUAGUCAAAUAUAAAUUCUAGAGGUUUAUUGAUUUUAAACUUUAUCUUCAUUAAUUGGUGGAUAAAAUGUGUUCUAGAAAUAAACACAACAAUACAAAAAAUAGUUUUUUUUCUCUGCUGUUGCGACAAUAAACAUGCGUAGUAGAGAUCCCCUCUAAGAAUUAAUUUUCGAUCCGCGCCUGACCUAGUAAUGAAAUAAUAGUGAAACAGACUGUACUAUUUUAUGCAGAAUGUUCCUUGAAAAUGGCUCGAUACAAUAAAUUUUUAUGCAAAACAUUCACCCAUUAAUUUUUUUAAAAAAUUGGUAUUGCACACCACAAGCAUCAAACAUGGCUAUGAUUUUAUUAAGCAACCUAAUUUUUAUAUCAUUAACCACUCUACACGUGGUUGAACACGAACGAUAACUCUGUUCUGAUUAUCAUCGUUUGAUUUAAAAAACCGCUAGAUGGUGAAAUAAGACAUACAUCUUAAAAGAUGUUGAUGUUUUAACAUAAAUCAAAGUAGAAUAUGAUAUGAAAAUCGAUCAGUACUUAUGUAUUUUGAGAAUAUUAUCCGAACACUUAUACAUUCGGUCAAAAUUUCACAGGAACUGAACAAAUCUCAGUGAAGUCUCGUGAACUUUCAUUCGAGCACCUCUGGAUUUAUUACAUACUUAGCAACAAUAAAGAAAACAUUCCGAACACAUUCGCAGGGGUGUUAAAGUAGUUCUUGUAUGCACGUCCUUUUUUUUUUUUAUCUUGGCUUAUAAUAUUUGGCGAGAAUCUUAGAUUUGAUAAUAAUUAUUAUUAAUUGUUUGACUCCAUUGAAUUAUAAUUGAAUUAUAAUGAAAUAAAGUUUCUUGUA